AGAGCCGGUGAAUCACGCCGCUUCGCUUCGCUCUCCAAUCUCUCAUCCAUCCUGACAGUCAGAUCGCCUCCAUUUUAAUCAGGAGACUCUCCGCGGUGGAAAGAGAUUGCGUUUCGAUUAAUAUUUCACAAGGUCCUUUUCGCUCCGAGUGGAUUGGCUGGCUCUCUUUUGUUUCCUGGAGGUGAAAUGAUGCUGAAGUGAUGCUGCGUCGCUGUUCCCACCCGCUGUAGACCAACAUCACCAACAACAUCAUCAUCAUCAUCCUCAUCAUCAUCGCCGGUAUGAGUCUGAUCGAAGAGCCCAACAUGAGAGAUUUGGACUAACAAACCCGCAGGGCUGUUGAAGAUCUCAAGUGUUUAAAACGCUGAAGUUAACGUGCUGGAGAACGCCUCAGUGGCAGAAAUCAAACAAAGGCACAAAUGAAACACUGCAACUGAGAAUAAGGCACUGAGAAACAUUGUUACCACACACAAAUUCACUUAUUACUUACACACACACACACACACACACAAUGGCACUGGACAACACCGGCUUCUCCUCGUGCCCUGAAUCCCUGUCCCUCCCAGUUCCAGAGAAAGGGGAGGAGCCUGUGGAGGAGGCCCCAAAGGAUGCUCCGCCCACGGAUGUUCAGAACACAUUUGAGGAGCUGGGGCACGUCGUAACCACGGAGACAGCCCCGCCCACACAGCCACCGACCAAUAACAGCAUGUCCUUCCAGGCCAAGAUGGCUGCGAGGGAGGCACAAGCCAGUCAGCCCAGGAAGAAACUUCAGGGGGCGGGGCAAGAGAGGGGCAGGUUUGGAUGGGGGCGCAGCAGGCGUAAGAGGCAGCGCUAUGUGGAGAAGAACGGCCGCUGUAAUGUGCAGCACGGUAACAUGCGCAAGACGUACCGAUACCUGACGGAUAUCUUCACCACUCUGGUGGAUCUGAACUGGCGCUGCUCUCUGCUGGUCUUUGUCAUGGCGUAUGCAGUCACCUGGCUCUUCUUUGGAGCAAUAUGGUACCUCAUUGCAUACUGCAGGGGGGAUCUGGAUCAUUUGGAGGACGAGGCGUGGACUCCAUGUGUGAAUAAUGUUAAUGGAUUCAUCUCUGCGUUUCUUUUCUCCAUUGAAACGGAGACAACCAUUGGCUACGGUCACCGUGUCAUCACUGACCAGUGUCCAGUGGGCACCAUGUUACUCCUACUACAGGCCAUACUGGGAUCUAUGGUCAAUGCAUUCAUGGUUGGUUGCAUGUUUGUGAAGAUCUCCCAGCCGAAUAAGCGUGCCGAGACAUUGGUGUUCUCUCGUAAUGCUGUCAUCUCAUUGCGGGAUGACAUGCUCUGUUUGAUGUUUCGUGUCGGGGACUUGAGAUCCUCCCACAUUGUGGGCGCCAACAUGAGAGCCAAACUUAUUAAAUCCAAACAGACCCAGGAGGGUGAGUUUAUUCCGCUGGAUCAGACGGAUAUCAGUGUGGGUUUCGAGACGGGGGACGAUCGUCUCUUCCUGGUGUCUCCGUUGGUGAUCUCUCACGAGAUCGAUGUCCGCUCUCCGUUCUGGGACAUGUCACAAGGUCAGCUGGAGAAAGAGGACUUUGAGAUUGUGGUCAUCUUGGAGGGGAUGGUAGAAGCUACAGGAAUGACCUGUCAGGCGCGGAGCUCUUACCUGGCUGAAGAACUGUUAUGGGGUCACAGGUUUAGUCCCAUGAUGUCUCUGGCCGAGGGAUUUUUUGACGUGGAUUAUGGGGCUUUUCACCACACAUUUGAGGUGAACACGCCCUCCUGUUCUGCGAGAGAGCUGGCAUUGGCUACCGCCCGUUUGGACGCUCAUCUCUAUUGGUCGAUUUCCAGUCGGCUUGAUGAAGAGAAAUGGGAGGGGCCUAAUCUGACUGAGCAAACGGGGAAGUCCACCGAUUCAGAAUCUGUCAGGGAGGGAGACGGGCCAACAUUUACUGUGGGCGGAGUUACAAAUACCCAGGACCAAUCGGUUGUGGGAGAGCAGAACGGCAGUGUGACCACUGACCAAUCAGAGUCUGAGGCUUAAAAAGAUGCAAGAAUGUAAAAAGGUACGGAAAAUGUUCGAAGGAGUCCA